CACGUGAUGUGUGGGUCGGUAGCGCUUCAUAAGGAGCGGGAGCGGGGGGCGGGGCGGGAGAAGGUUCUAGCAGGUGCUGGCUGUUGGGUUUUGGCGUGCUGCGCGGCCCCAGCGUGUCGCGAUGACCCGUGGAAAUCAGCGUGAACUUGCCCGACAAAAGAACCUGAAGAAGACUCAGGAAACUCUUAAAGGGAAAAGGAAAGAGGAUAGCUUGUCUGCAUCUCAGAGAAAGCAGAGAGACUCUGAAAUAAUGCAGCAGAAACAGAAGGCAGCAAAUGAAAGGAAGUCUCUGCAAGCUGGAGCAAAAUGAACUGUCUGCGUGGAGAAGAUAAAAAUACAUCAAUCAAGGAAAAGGACCUAGAAGAUCAUUCAUAAAAUGACUUGCCAUUAAAUGAUUAAAUGUUUAUCUUGCA